CCUUGAUUCUCAUUUCUCGUCUGCUUUUUUAAAAAGAUAAUAAUGUCCACUUUCCCCUGAUCAUAAUUGACGCGACAACACAUCAUAGGUACACAUAGUACCGCGCCAUAAUUACAACACUCUACUUGUUACUCUAUCUUAAUUGCUUCUUCAUCUGUAAUUGCUGUCCAUCAUGGAGUCUGCCAGCAGAAGCGGCGACGCCGAUCAGGCCCUCGCCCGUCUGGGCUACAAGGCUGAACUCCCUCGAAACCUCAGCAUGCUGAGCGUCCUCGGCCUGUCCUUCGCCAUCAUGGCCGUCCCCUUUGGUCUCUCGACGACUAUGUACAUCACCUUGACCAACGGCCAAGCUGUCACCGUUCUCUGGGGCUGGGUUCUCGUGUCGCUCAUCUCGCUGUGCAUCGCCGCCUCUCUCGCCGAGAUCUGCGCCGUGUUCCCAACGGCCGGCGGCGUGUAUUACUGGAGCGCCAUGCUCAGCACGCCUCGUUACGCUCCCAUCGUCAGCUUCGUCGAUGGCUGGCUCACGCUCGUGGGAAACUGGACCGUUACACUGUCGAUCAAUUUUUCUGGUGCACAGCUUAUUCUUAGCGCCAUUACUAUCUUCAAUGAGGAUUUUGUCGCGAAUACAUGGCAGACUGUCUUGUGCUUCUGGGCUGUUAUGCUUGUCUGUGCUUUGGUCAACGCCUUUGGUUCGCGGUACUUGGACCUUAUCAACAAGGUCUGCAUUUACUGGACCGGUGCGAGUGUCAUCAUCAUCAUCGUCACAUUGCUGACUUUGGCUCCUUCGCGUCGCUCUGCUGAGUUCGUCUUUACUCACUACGAUGCCUCGGCAAGUGGUUGGCCUACAGGAUGGUCGUUCUUCGUGGGACUACUGCAAGGUGCUUAUGUCCUCACUGGCUACGGCAUGGUCGCUGCCAUGUGUGAAGAGGUCCAGAACCCCGAACGUGAGGUCCCCAAGGCCAUCGUCCUCUCCGUCGCUGCCGCCGGUGUUACCGGAAUCAUUUACCUCAUCCCCAUUCUCUUCGUCCUUCCCGACGUUCAGAUGCUUCUCUCCGUCGCCAACUCCCAGCCUAUUGGUACCCUGUUCAAGGUUGUUACCGGUUCUGCUGCUGGUGGCUUCGGUCUCCUCUUCCUUAUUCUUGGCAUUCUCAUGUUCGCAGGCAUUGGUGCUCUCACCGCUGCAUCUCGCUGCACCUACGCUUUCGCCAGAGAUGGUGCUAUUCCUGGAUACAAGCUCUGGAGUAAGGUCAACCACCGUCUUGACAUGCCUGUCAAUGCUCUCAUCCUGUCUACUGUCGUGGACUGCAUCCUCGGAUGCAUCUACUUUGGCUCUUCUGCUGCCUUCAACUCCUUCACUGGUGUCGCUACCAUCUGUCUCUCUUCCUCCUAUGGUGUCCCUGUUGCUGUCAACAUGGUGCGAGGCCGUAAGAUUGUUAAGCACUCUCCCUACCCUCUUGGCAAGUUCGGCCCCAUCAUCAAUGGCAUCUGCGUCGUCUGGAUCGUCUUCUCCAUCGUCAUCUUCUGCAUGCCCGUUUCUCUCCCUGUUGAACCUGGCACCAUGAACUACGCCUCUGCCGUAUUUGCUGGCUUUGCCGCUAUUGCCAUCGUUUGGUAUGCUGCUUAUGCUCGAAAGAACUUUACUGGACCGCCUGUUCACGAUGACGGUUCAUUCGAGCCCGGCGUGCAGGUCCUCAAGGGCCAGGAAGGUAGUGCGCCCGUACAUGAGGGGGCGAGUGAUAUUCCAGAAAAGGAUUCUAAUUAAGUUGUACAGAUACCACCAAGACCCCUGUAUCAUAGUUGUUAGCAUAUGUAGCAAUGCAUUCUUGGCUUUUCACUA